AUGUUCGAGGAUAUUCAGUUGAUCCACAUGAAUGUAAAGAUUCUUCGCUUUUGGGCCCUGUUGUACGAUCACAAUGUGAAGCGUUACAUUUGCCUGUCUCUAAGCGUGUUCCAUGUGGUGACCCAGUUAAUGUAUAUGAUGACCACCGAUGAGGGCAUAACUGGGAUAAUACGCAACGCCUACAUGUUGGUCCUGUGGAUAAAUACCGUGCUAAGGGCCUAUUUGCUUAUACACGAUCAUGAUAGCUAUGUCAGACUGAUUAAUCAGCUGAAAGAAGCCUACUAUGAGCUAAUAAAUCGAAAGGAUGCCUACAUAACGCGCCUGCUGGUCAAAUUGAAUCGCCAGGGGCAAUUGAUGGCCAAAGGGAAUUUGUUUUUUGGUCUGCUCACCUGCAUUGGAUUUGGUCUGUAUCCUUUGACCUCCAGCGAAAGGGUUCUGCCCUUUGGCAGCAAAAUCCCCGGAGUCAAUGAAUACGCCACACCAUACUAUCAAUUGUGGUACGUCUUUCACAUGCUCAUCACUCCGAUGGGCUGCUGCAUGUACAUUCCCUACACCAGCUUGAUUGUGGGCUUCAUCAUGUUUGGCAUCGUCCGUUGCCAGGCGCUGCAGCAUCGUUUGCGUCGCGUAGAAUUGGCCAAGGAGGUGGCGGAGUGCAUACGGUAUCAUCAGAAAAUCAUUGACUACAUAGAAACCGUCAAUGGACUUACUACGUAUAUAUUUCUCGUGGAGUUUCUGGCCUUUGGCGCUUUGCUUUGUGCGCUUCUCUUCAUGCUCAUUGUGGUGAACUCCUCGGCUCAUGUGGCCAUUGUGUGUGCCUACAUCAAUAUGAUAUUGGCACAGAUAUUCGCUCUAUACUGGUAUGCCCAUGAGUUGAGGGAACAGAACAUGGCCAUAGCCACGGCUGCCUAUGAAACGAAAUGGUUUGCCUUUAAUGUACACUUGAGAAAACAUAUUUUGCUUAUCAUAUUAAGAGCCCAGCGACCAGCUUCUAUUCGCUUGGGUAACAUACGACCUAUCACCUUGGAACUGUUUCAGAAUCUACUCAAUACCACUUACACGUUUUUCACAAUUCUUAAACGAGUCUAUGGUUAA